AUGCGUGUAUCAAACAUUUCGCGUGUACCAAAACUACCUAAAAUUCGGCGUAUGAGUCUAAGAGAAAUUCAAGCAACUCAAAUCGCUAAUGAUUUUAAUUAUCCAUCUACGACAUCAGCAAACAAAUGGGCAACUAGAGGUCAAAAUCAAGUUGCACCAGAAAUUCAUAAUUCAAUAAGUUCAAAUGCAGAAUUGCCAAGAGAUCUUAGGAAUAAUGAACAACAAAAAAGCUUCUUUCGACGACCUUGGUUUUUGAUUUUUGCAGCUAUUUUUUGUUUUAUUCUCAUAAUUGCGAUUGUUGCUAUUGUUCUGGCUUCGACACACAAUGAUACAGCCACUCAAAAAUCGGCAAUAGUGAAAUCAGAAAUAUCUACAUCCAUGAUAUGCUCAAGUACUGAUCAUGGAUUAAUUGCAAUUUUAAAUAGAUCAAGUCCAUCCGGAUGGAUAUCAUAUUCUUACAACUAUUCAGCUAUAAAAACAACACCAACACUUUUAUUUGGUUUUGAAACUGAUAAUAUGCAUAGAUUUUAUUUGGAUACUGUAUCUGUUGUAGACAAUAAUGUAUCUUCGAUUGAAUUAUUAACCAAUCCUAGUUUUGAAAAUUCAACAAUGAAUAUACUUGGUUGGAUUACAUCAUGUGAAACAACAUGUGCAAGUCAAAUAGUUUCUGGUCUUGAAUGUUCUGGAUUAUCUGGAAAUUGUUUCAUGGUUUAUUGUAACACAAGCAAUUCUUCUAUCUCUUUUCUAAGUCAAUCUUUUAUGGCUACAAUUGGAAAUACAUAUACAAUCUCAUUUAUGUUAAAUCAUGUAGGAAAUCCUAGCACUGGAAUCAUGUCAUUUUAUCUUGAUGUUAACUAA